AUGGAAGAACCUAUAAACGCAAACCCAACCAUCUUGUCCCUUGCCCAACUCCCAAAGAGACAAGAGACUGGAUCUCCUUUCAGUACCACAUUAUCUGCCAAUCAUAAACUCAUUAGUAAUGCCCUUAAGUUGUCGUUACUAGAAGAAGAAGACGAAUACUCAGAAGAAGACAUAGACUCAGACGAAGAAGAGGACCCUAUUGAUCCCCAAGAAAUCUUUGAUUUAAUAUCCACCAUCUCUGAUCCAGAACAUCCCUUGACUUUGGGGCAACUUGCUGUGGUCAAUCUCAAUGACAUUGAAAUAAACACUAGUAAAUAUCUCACCGAAGUUGUCAUUAGAAUAACUCCCACCAUCACCCACUGCUCGUUGGCCACACUCAUCGGAUUAGGAAUCAAAGUCCGUUUAAUCCGAAGUUUGCCUGGCAAGUUCCGAGUCAAACUCUUGAUCAAGGAAGGAUCGCAUCAAAGUGAAUCCCAAGUGAAUAAACAGUUGAAUGAUAAAGAAAGAGUGGCUGCUGCUUGCGAAAACGAGCAAUUGAUUGAAGUGAUUCUGAGAAUGUUAGCUACAUGUGUAUAA